AUGCUCAAGAUCACCAAGCGAUUUCGUUUCUCCGAUUUUGAUAAGUAUAGAAAGGGGAAUGGAAAGAAGUUCUCCAAGGCGUUCAAGGACAUGGUGGCUUCUUGUCUAGACCAAGAUCCUUCCAAAAGACCCACAGCUGAUAAGUUGCUGAAACACCCCUUCUUUAAAAACUGUAAGGGAACUGAUUUUCUGGUGAGGAACGUUCUCCAAGGGUUGCCCAGUGUGGAGAAAAGGUAUAAGGAUAACAAGGUUAAUGAGCAUGCAGAUGAGGGGGAGCAUGAUGAUGAUGAUGAUGAAGAAGACCCUGCCAUGCUGGUGAAGGAGAGAUGGAUCAGCGGGUGGAACUUCAACCAAGACGGGUUGGAGCUUGAUCCUGUGUUCCCAAACGAUGAUGCGGUGGCAAAAGAGGUUGCGUUUGGAAGGGAAGCGGGUACCCAACAAAUGGGGGAGCAUGUUUAUGUUGGUGGUGGUGCAGCAGCAGCAAGCAUAGCGGGUGGUGGUGGCGUGAAGAAGGAAAAGAUGUUGGCGAUCAUGGUGAAGAGCACAAGGAGAUUUCUAGGCUGA